AUGGAGUUCGAGACAUUUUUAAAAUGCCUAAAUGAAGUAAGAAGUGUGAACAAUGUGAAAUAUAUGGAAACCGAAGAUUUAGCAGACUUUAAUAAAAAGUCAGCAUAUUACAUUUGCAAAGAAAUACAUGAGAAGCAAUUAACUAAUGAAGGUGGGUAUGUAGUUAUAGGUUUAUCAGGUGGGAAAACACCUAUAGAUGUUUAUAAAAAUAUGUGUGCAAUAAAAGAUAUAAAAAUUGAUAAAAGUAAAUUAAUUUUUUUUAUAAUUGAUGAAAGAUAUAAACCUGAUGAUCAUAAAUUUAGUAACUAUAAUAAUAUAAAGUUUUUAUUUGAUGAAUUAAAUAUUAAUAAAGAAACCCAAUUAUAUAAACCUGAUACAAAAAAGGAUCUUGUUAGUUGUAUAAAAGAUUAUAAUGAACAAAUUAAAAGCAUGCUAGAAAAAUAUAAAAAAAUAGAUAUUGCAAUAUUAGGUAUGGGGAGUGAUUUCCAUAUAGCUAGUUUAUUUCCAAAUGUAUAUUAUAAUAUAUAUAUGAAUAAUUAUCAAAAUAAUUAUAUAUAUGAAGACAAUGAAACAAUAAGGUCAUUAAAUCCCGACAAUAAUGUUAAUUUAAGUUUACUAAAUGAGCAUGUAUAUUUUACAACAACAAAUAAUUUUGAUGUAAGAAAAAGAAUUACAGUAUCACUUAACGUAUUGUCAAAUUCGACAAAUAAAAUAUUUUUAUUAAAUACAGCAGAUAAAUUAAAUUUAUGGAAAAAUAUGCUCUUAAAUUUUUAUGUUAAUCCUAACUAUAAUCUAUAUCCAGCAUUUAAGAUUAUUGACUCUAACAAUACAACAGUCAUAGCAUGUGGUCAUAAAAAUUAUUCAAAAAUGUUAGAAGAUUUAUAUGUUCAAAAACCGGAUGUACUUUCCCCGAUCUGUAAUGAUCGUGCAGAGAAUAAAAAUGAAUUGCUAACAGUAGUUAUAUUUGGUUGUUCUGGCGAUUUAGCACAAAAAAAAAUAUAUCCCGCCUUGUUUAAAUUAUUUUGUAACAAUUUGUUACCAAAAAAUAUAUUAAUAAUCGGUUUCGCAAGAACAGAACAAGAUUUUGAAUCUUUUUUUAACAAAAUAUGUAUAUAUUUAAAAAUGUCAUUAAACAGUUAUAAAAAUUUAUCAGUUUUUGAAAAAGUCGAACGCUUAAAUUCUUUUAAAAGCAAAUGUAAAUAUUUUAUUGGAAACUAUUUAUCUUCGGAAAGUUUUGAAAAGUUUAAUGUAUAUAUAACCGAGGAAGAGAGGGUAGCAUUGGGUUGUUGUGGUCAUAAGAAUAAUGAAAAACAUAAACAAGUAGAUGGCACUUCACAAUCCCCUAAUAAUCCUACUAACAUAAAUGCUACCAACAAUAUAAAUAACGAAUGUGAGUCUCCAACGCCUACUGAUUCUCUCAAAAGAUGCCCAUUCAGUUCAGGACAUGGCAAUACAUCUGGUACCCCUGUAUGCCCUCAUAGUUCAUACCAUGCUGGUAAAUCUAGUAACAAUGGCUGCCCAUACAGUUCAAGUCAUGGCAAUACAUCUGGUACCCCUGUAUGCCCUCAUAGUUCAUACCAUGCUGGUAAAUCUAGUAACAAUGGUUGCCCAUACAGUUCAAGUCAUGGCAAUACAUCUUCUACCCCUGUAUGCCCUCAUAGUUCAUACCAUGCUGGUAAAUCUAGUAACAAUGGCUGCCCAUACAGUUCAAGUCAUGGAAAUACAUCUUCUACCCCUGUAUGCCCUCAUAGUUCACACCACGCUGUUAAGUCUAGUAACAAUGGCUGCCCAUACAGUUCAUAUCACGCUGUUAAGUCUAGUAAUACUAAAUGUCCAUACCUUUCAAGCCGAGAUAAUACAUCUGGUAAUUCUGGAUGCCCAUACAUUUUAUACCAUGCUAAUAAAUAUGGUAAUUCUAGUUGUCCAUUCAUUUCUAGCCAUACUAAUAAAUAUGCAAAUUCGGGAUGCCCAUAUACUAUCACUAGAAUGCUUUACUUAGCCUUACCACCCCAUAUCUUUGUGAGCACAUUAGAAAAUUAUAAAAAACAUUGCUUAAAUAAAAAUCGAAUCAACAAGAUACUACUUGAAAAGCCAUUUGGAAAAGACUUGGAAUCAUUUAAAAUGUUAUCGAAACAAAUAUUAGAAGCAUUUCCUGAAAAAAACAUAUAUAGAAUUGAUCAUUAUUUAGGAAAAGAUAUGGUUUCAGGGUUAUUAAAACUAAAAUUUACAAAUACAUUUUUGCUAUCUUUAAUGAACAGACAUUUUAUAAAAUGUAUAAAAAUAACUUUAAAAGAAACAAAAGGAGUAUAUGGCAGAGGGCAGUAUUUCGAUCCAUAUGGAAUUAUAAGAGAUGUUAUGCAAAAUCAUAUGCUACAAUUACUGACGUUAAUAACUAUGGAACAUCCAACCGAUUUAAAUGAUAAAUCUAUACACAAUGAAAAAAUAAAAAUAUUAAAAUCGAUAGCUUCAAUAAAAUUAGAAGAUACUGUUAUAGGGCAAUAUAUUAAAUCAAAUAAUGAUGAUACAAAUAAUAAUAAUUCAAAUAAUUCUGAAAAUCCCAAUAUAGAUAAAUCUAAAAUAAAUCAUGGUUAUCACGAUGACCCACAUGUAGAUCCAAAUUCAAUAACCCCUACAUUUUGUGCAUGUGUUUUAUAUAUUAAUUCAGUAAAUUGGCAUGGUGUCCCAAUAAUAUUAAAAACAGGAAAGGCACUAAAUAAUGAUAUAUGCGAAAUUAAAAUUCAAUUUCAUAAUAUUAUGGGUUCAUCUGACGAAAGUAUGUAUAAUAAUGAAUUUGUAAUUAUUUUACAACCUGUAGAAGGAAUAUAUCUAAAAAUUAUGGUAAAAAAAAUGGGUUCUGAAGAAAUGGAAGAAGUGCGAUUAAAUCUAAGCCUUAAUGAAAAUAAUAAUAAUAAUAAUAAUAAGCCAUAUGUUCCAGAAGCUUAUGAAACUUUAUUAUCAGAAUGCUAUAAAGGAUAUAAAAGAAAAUUUAUCUCAGAUGAAGAAUUAUAUGAAUCUUGGAGAAUAUUUACCCCUCUAUUAAAUGAGUUACAAGAAAAGAAUAUUAAGCCGCUAUCUUACCCAUUUGGAUCAUCAGGGCCCCAAGAAGCUUAUGACCUCAUAAAAAAAUAUUACAAUUAUGGAAAAAACUAUGAAACAACUGCUAAAUUUUGCAGAAAAUCGUCUUACUAUGAUGAUAGCUUGUUUGACAAUAUGAGGGGAUAA